UCAUCGCUCCUCCAGGAAGUGGAAGAAAGGCUCAGAGAAUGUAGAAGAACUUUAGUCCUUGUUGCUAUGGGGACCGCUUCCCCGGCUGAACGUGACGUCAUUCCCGCGCGCCGGAAAGUUCCGAAUAAAGACGGUAGAACGGGGAAAUGGCGGCAGCGAAGAAAAGCGUUCUUUCUUCGCUUGCUGUUUAUGCUGAGGAUUCUGAGCCAGAAUCGGGCAGUGAAACUGGCGGGGCAGGCAGUGAGCGAGGAGCAGCCCCAGAAGAGAAAGGAGGCCUGGUGUCAGAAGGUUAUGGAGAAGAUGAUUGUAGUAAGAUGGAUGGAGAGGAGGAUGGUUACGAUGAAGAUGAUGAUGAAAACAGUAAACAGUCGGAAGAUGACGAUUCAGAGACUGAAAAACCUGAGGCUGGUGACCUAAAGGACUUUUCAGAAGUGGAGAAAAGAGAUCCUCAGGAACUAGUUGCCUCAUUCUCUGAGCGAGUGCGAAACAUGUCUCCUGAUGAGAUCAAAAUCCCUCCAGAACCUACAGGAAGAUGUUCCAACCACUUACAGGACAAGAUUCAGAAACUGUAUGAGAGGAAGAUCAAAGAAGGCAUGGACAUGAACUAUAUCAUCCAGAGGAAGAAAGAGUUUCGUAACCCCAGUAUCUAUGAGAAAUUGAUCCAGUUUUGUGCAAUUGAUGAACUUGGCACAAAUUAUCCCAAGGACAUGUUUGAUCCACACGGGUGGUCUGAGGAUUCCUAUUAUGAGGCAUUAGCAAAAGCACAGAAAAUCGAAAUGGACAAGUUGGAAAAGGCUAAGAAGGAGCGAACUAAGAUUGAGUUUGUGACUGGUACUAAGAAGGGGACAACAAAUGCUUCAUCGACGACAACAACAACAACUAGCACUGCAGGUGGAGAUGCACAGAAGAGGAAAAGCAAGUGGGAUUCUGCCAUUCCUGUGACGACAAUAGCUCAGCCCACCAUUCUCACUACCACAGCCACCCUGCCAGCUGUUGUCACAGUGACCACAAGUGCAAGCGGCUCCAAAACCACAGUGAUCUCUGCAGUUGGCACCAUUGUGAAAAAGGCAAAGCAGUGACAAGUGCAGUGAAAACCUUACUGGACUCUCUUUCAGACUGAGUAAUGCCAAAAGCACCAACUUUGGAAGCAAUGGGAGGAUACUUCCCCUUCUCCCGGAGCCAAAAGACUAUUUUAAAAUGGGCAUCCCAUUCUUGAACAAGAAGGGAAUAAUAGUUGUUGUACAUAUUUAUUACUGAGGCUCUUUAUCUUUGUAAAUAAAGAAUUCCUGUGCUUGAUUCUGUGAAAUGGAAUGUCGACAUGUAAAUAUGCGUUUAAUAAGUGGCAUAUUUAAAUUCUAUAAAAUUAAGAGCUUUAAAGAGAGAGAGGUAGCAACUAUGCUGAAAUCAAUCAGUUGUAUACUGUACUGUUCAUUAGUGAGUUACAUUGACAAACUGAACAUCCUUAUCUCUCUGUCCCCAGGAAUUCAUAGGCAAGAAUGAUUUCCUUGAGCCAGACCAUUGGUAAUAUAAUACAGAGAUUGGUUGUCAUGCAGAUUAUUAAAUAGACAAUUCUCCCCGUAUAAUUCAUUUUGUUCUGGUUUGAGAGAUCAAGGAAUUUGAAAGCUGUGGCGUUUGAGAGGUCACAGUAAAAAUCCGCACUGGAUGCUGUGCCUACAUUGUAGGAAUCAUCAUGCUGAAUGUAACUGUGCUGGUGGGAGGAUAGUUGUAAAAGAAGGAAGUAGACUUUCCAUACGAAGUACUGUGUUCUGGUAAAAAAACUCUGUGCAUCUUUGAUGUUGGAAUGCAUUUUAGCAACAUUGGUUACAAUAUAGUUUCGUGCCUGUGUCAUGACAAUGAUGCCAUCUAUUUAAAUUUGUGUAAACUUUCGUACCUCUGUAAAGCACCUUGGGCUAUAAAAACAGAACUUUAAAA